CUUUGCGCAACAUCAGACCCUCCGAUAACAAGCCUCAUGGGACAAGUAAAUAAGGAGAAAUCGGCCACCGUGCGCCGUGGCCACGCGUUACCUGGAACUAAUUGGAAGCAAUUUCAUUGGAAAGAGUUUGCGCAACUAUUAUUUCCCGGGAUCGAGGCAACUUCAGUCGGCGACCGAGGGGAAUUUACCAACAGGUCCUCCACCCGCCCCGUAAACCAAUCCCCCAAAAUUCGACAAUCCCUCCAGGCUUCCGUAAUUCGAAAUUCCAAGUGACAGGACCACACGCAGCUUGCCAGCGAAACCUAUACAACGACGCGGAAUCGAACGUGACACGGAAACGGCCGCGAACACCUCGAACAAAAGGACAGAACCGGGGAACCUAACCUGUCUCAUCGAUGAUUAAUUUACCGUAUAACGUGCCCUUAGUCACACAGAUUAUGCCGGCACAGAGCAUACCGGUGCAGACGAGUCAGAACAACUUACAGCCGUUCCACCAACCGCAAACAGUCACUCAACAAAUGCAAACUAGCCCCGCCGCUUUCCCGGCGAAUCCGCCAGAUACCUACAAGCCAUUCUACCAGCUUCACCAAUCGGACAUGGUCUUCGCAAACCAACAGUUCAUCCCGAACCAGCCGUUCAUCCCGAACCAGCCGUACAACCCGAACCAACAGUUCAUCCCGAACCCGUUGCUCUACCCCGCGAUUGUUCCAACCCAGGCGAAUCCACCUGUGGCGCAAACGCAGGCGAACUGGGGACAGUUGCCUCCGAGCAUCGUCGAGCAGAUUCGCAGCGCUGUGAGCAACACAGCCCCCAUAUUCAUUUUGCCGAGCGGUUGUCAUCAGUCGGCGAGUCACCAGCAGCAACCCCCUCCGGUGUAUCCGUCGAAUCAAGGAGGCGUGUCGCCGGCGACCGGACCGUCGACAGGCUUCAAUUACCCGCCGUCAAUCUACUGUCCACCCUCGUUCGUCCCCUUUCCUAUCCCGUUGCCGCUCUACGAGCCGUUCGCAGGUCCAACUCGCGGCAAGCAGAAGUCGCAGGCUUGCGGGUGUUGCCGGCACCGGCAAGAAUCCCCGGAGUCGAGAAAUUAUCUGCCGAACCCUUUCUGGAAUGCCGGCGAUGCCGACGAGCACGGUUGCACGGCGACCAACGACGACACCGUCUGCUCGCGGAGAAACUGCCCGGCCUCUAUCGGCCUGCAAAGCCUGGCCUCCCAAUUCUUAUCUUUGCCAGGGAUCAUAUCGUGCGCGGCCACGCGACUCAUUCUCCGCAAGGUGGCUGGAUCCAACAUCACCAACACCAUGGAGGAGAUCAUGGAGAAGGCGCAGAAAGCCAUCGGUUUGCUCACCAAGGAUCAGCUGCUGGUCGAGUCCAGGAUCGCUCAGCAAGUGAACGCGUUGAUCAAUCUACACGUCACCACCAACAUACCGGCCAGUAUUAUACCGCUGCUGAUGCUGAUCCAGGCGAAGGUCAACGUCCUCAAGGCGCAGGUGGAGAACUUGGUGAACAGGAAGAUCAUGGAGUGCCAGGGCUACGGGUUUGAGGUAGAAACCAGCGGACCGAUAGAGCCUGCAGUACUUGCAUUGAAGUCGAACGCGGAGCUGCGACAAUUGCUAGCCGCCCUCAGACAAAAGGAGUGCGACGAAAGGGUGAACGCAAACUUCGCCCCGUACAAUUCCCAGCGGGUGAUCGCCGAGUCGCGUCUGCACAACGUCCAGGCGAAGAUUCGACAGGUGGAGGCCGAGUUAGACAACCGUAGGAACACAAUCGCGCCAGGACCGACGCUCACCUCGCAGAUCAUACGUCAAUUCUCGGAAUCCCGGUGCACCUACGGCUACGUCCCGGCCAAGUUGUUCGAACCAUGCGUCGUCCCGGAUUCCCCGGAUCCCUUCUCGCCAGCCGUUCGCAAUCCUAGGAGACUAUACAUCAAACCCCACCAAGGAGGACCCCAGCCGACGAAGCCGGAAGACCAAACCAAAGGGACCAGUACGUCCGAGGAAACGCCAGCCAGCAAGGACACGGGAACCGGCGAAGGAAGCGCGCGAUCUGAAACGAAAGACCAAUCAGUCGGUCGACGAUGCAGCCGCGAAUCUUGCAUCUGCGAGCUGACCUCGUCGGAGGAUAGUCUCGACGAGGAUAAAAAAAAACUUCGAGCGUUCAGUGAUCGGGAUGCUAGUGUCAAGAUUAAAGGAAAAAUCACCGUCGUCGAGGCUCGGUUCGAGGCUGAAAUUGACCACUCGAAUGUCGGAGAUGCUGAGUGUCAGAGGCCGUGUAAAUUAUUAGAGGCUCUGGAAGAAGAUGACGCGCAGAAAGUUAAAGAAACAGAAGCCGAAGAAUUGCCGAAGCUAGACGAGAUUGGGGGAACUGGAGGCGAUGAUGGAGCAUCGUCGAAAGUAGAUGAGAAGCCACAGGCUGAGUCCGAAAUAACUGAAGACAGUAAGGAAGAAAUUGAACGGAGCGUCGAGGAAGAACAGACGGCCUCGGAGGAUCCUAAAGAUCCUGAAGUAAAAGGGACCAAGAAAUCUGUUAAGGGUCGAAAGAAGAAAGGAUACGCGUGUGUGCGGGUGAUCAAAGCUAAUAAAAUGUCUGACAUAAGACAUUUCAGUAAACCUAAAUCAAGAACGAGCUUCCAAAAAAGUACCGCAAACGAUGGUAACGCCAAUUCGGAUAAAUCGGAUCAGAAUAACUUAGGGAACACAUCGAAAACGGAAAAUGUCCAGGUUGUUGCAAUGUUGACCGGUAGUGUGUACGACAGAAGUGGCGGCGACUUUGGCAGAUGUACGAUGAGAAACAAGUUCACCGAUUCAAAGUUGGUGGGUGUGGAGGAUUCUACAAACCCGGUAUUGAGGGUCGACAACCCGGAGAAUGCGAAGAAUGAGAAUUACGCGUGCCUCCGUGCAGAAAAGAUCAGUUCCCAGAAGGUAUGCGAUAUGAACGAUGAAAGGAAGCGCGAGAGUGGAUUAAACUCGCGUUUGGAAGAACCGACUCAAAGGCAGUCGAUGCUUGUGGAAGACGCUGGAUCGCAUAGCCAAAAAAUGAUCGAAGAGUUCAAACGCUUUCCUCCAUUGAUGCGAGCGAAGUCGAACGCGAAGAUAACGAGGCUCUCGCAGUGUGUUCGUCGUCGGAACGGUGCUGUGCCGGAUUCCUCGAAGAUCGGUUGCAAUGGAAUCACUUCCGGUUCCCAAGACACGAAAUCCGAGGACGGCGUCACUUCCGCAAUUCGCUCGACGAUCGGAGAUCGAUUCGGCUGGCUGGUAGACAAUGUGCCGAACUUACAGACUAUCUUCUCAAACCUGUACCUCGGUAAAUUAUGGAAUGCCAACGGCGUUGUUUCCUUACGUCGAAUCAACACGGCAGCGAAUAAAACAGCGAUUUCUCGAAAAGACGGUUGGAUUUUACUUCCGACGGACAUCGAUCGCAGAACGCCGACCAACUCGUCGGAAAGUUACGUUCCCGUCGGUAGCAAACUGUACAGAGUACGUAAAAUGAGGCACACGAUAAUUAGAGGCGUAGGAGACAAAAGUUACGUGCUAAUAGGUGGAUCGACUAGCGAGCAAUUACGAAAAUUGUCGGGGACGAGGUUGACGCAGCCGUCGAGAGUUCGCAGAAGCUUCGUAAUUAGAAGUCGAUUAAAAGAUCCACGAAAUUCUGAGCGAACGCGUCCCUGUAUAACUUUCAGACGAUUCGAAACGAAUAAAAUGUCUGCGAGACCGGAACAAUCCGAUCGUCGUUUGAGAUCUAGCGAGAAAUUUUGUUCUUUAUCGGACGAUCGAUCUGUUGGCAAUUUUCAUACUGAAAAGGAUAGUACGGUAGACAGGAAAGUUUCGUUGACGGUGGAUGCAGAAAACGGUGUUACCAUCGAUUGUAACGCCUUUUCCGACGACAAUUCGACGGCUGAAAGCGAGCAGGUAACAAAUAUACACGACUAUUCUGCGGAACAAUAACAACCAAACGUUUAGUCGAACGAAUAUCACGAAUUUAUUAGCAUUUGGCAGUAAAAUGUAACAUUGGAAGUUAAAUAGAAAAAAUGCCGAGAUAAGAACAGGCGAAUUUAUUACAAUUGUCGCGUUUCCCUUUCCUGUGCGCGAUGAUAUUCUUCUUCGGAUGUAACUUGGAAUUUUGUGACUGCGCCGUAGAACAUCGUCGAAACGUCUCGUCGAACACUGGGCGUUUUCGGAGGACCCAGAAACCUAUUUUACGGCGCAAAUUUUCCGAAUCCACUUGCGCAGGAUGCCCCAUGAAAUGCGAGACUCGCCACGAAGAUACGAACAAAAUAUUACGAUUAUAGAAGAUCGAUUGCAUCAACGGUGAUGCAAUUAUACAAUGUUCGUAAAAUGAGUUCAAUGAUCCGAUAAUACAUGUUGUAGAAUUUUUUCUUAAUUGUACGAUCUUAUCGUAACAGAACUAAUGUGUAAUAUUCAUUUUUACAGACAGCACAACAAUAUAGAAAUUAAAAUGCACGAUGCUAUGCUGAAAUUCCUUUAAAAGUAGACAAUUAUAGAAAUAAUUACGAGUGCAAAAGAUGAUAAUUACUAUUUUCCCUCGAUGAGUGUAUUGUCGGUCUCGUAUUUCAUGAAGCGCUCUGCACGUUAAAAACUGCGAUAUGAAAAAAAUGAGUUACAUGUACAUGUGCGCAUGCUCCCGUAGCUGGAAAUAAUUACAACCGGUGAACGAA